GGGGCUCCGGCCAUGAAGUCUCGGCAGAAAGGAAAGAAGAAGGGCAGCUCAAAGGAGCGGGUGUUUGGGUGUGACUUGCAGGAGCACCUGCAGCACUCAGGCCAGGAGGUGCCCCAGGUGCUAAGGAGCUGUGCAGAGUUUGUGGAGGAGUAUGGCGUGGUGGACGGGAUCUACCGCCUCUCAGGGGUCUCUUCCAACAUCCAGAAGCUCCGGCAGGAAUUUGAGGCUGAACGGAAGCCAGACCUGCGGCGAGAUGUCUACCUUCAGGACAUUCACUGUGUCUCCUCCCUCUGCAAGGCCUACUUCAGGGAGCUGCCAGAUCCCCUGCUCACUUACCGGCUCUAUGACAAGUUUGCUGAGGCUGUGGCAGUACAACUGGAACCUGAGCGCUUGGUCAAGAUCCUAGAGGUGCUUCAAGAACUUCCGGUCCCCAACUACAGGACCCUGGAGUUCCUCAUGAGGCACUUGGUGCACAUGGCCUCAUUCAGCGCCCAGACCAACAUGCACGCGCGCAACCUGGCCAUCGUGUGGGCCCCCAACCUGCUGAGGUCUAAGGACAUAGAGGCCUCAGGCUUCAACGGGACGGCAGCCUUCAUGGAGGUGCGUGUGCAGUCCAUCGUCGUCGAGUUCAUCCUCACGCAUGUGGACCAGCUUUUUGGGGGUGCUGCGCUCUCUGGUAGUGAAGUGGAAAGUGGAUGGCGAUCACUUGCAGGGGCCCGGGUGUCAGGCAGCCCUGAGGACCUUAUGCCACGGUCCCUGCCCUACAAUCUGCCUAGCAUCCUGCAGGCUGGUGACGGCCCCCCGCAGAUGCGGCCCUACCACACCAUCAUAGAGAUUGCAGAGCACAAGAGGAAGGGGUCUCUGAAGGUCAGGAAGUGGAGAUCCAUCUUCAACCUGGGUCGCUCUGGCCAUGAGACCAAACGCAAACUUCCCCGGGGGGCUGAGGACAGGGAGGACAAAUCUGAUAAGGGGACUCUGCGGCCAGCCAAGAGCAUGGACUCACUCAGUGCUGUGGCUGGGGUUAGUGAUGAACCAGAGGGGCUGCUCGGAUCCAACAGUCCUCGGCCAGGCCCACUGCUGACGGAAAGCCUGGAGAAUGAGUCCGUGGAAGCGGCAGAGUGUGAGCAGGAGCCCGACCCAGAGGCGCUGGGUGGCACGAGCUCCGAGCCAGGCACACCACGACCUGGGCGGUCAGCAGUCCGUGCUGGGGGCAGCAGCCAUGCAGAGCGCCGUGCUGGCGUUCAUAUCUCAGAGCCCUACGAUGUCAACCUCCCAGCACACAUCAGCAAUAUGCUCAACAUAUCCUCAAACAACAUCUUGGCGGGGCUUGCCCGUGGUCUUGAACGCCCUGCCCCACAGCCUCGGCCAAGCCCUGCCUCUGGCCCCGGUCCUGGCCCCGGCCUUGGCCCUGGCCCCCCAGAUGAGAAGUUGGAGGCAAGUCCAGCCCCAGGUCCCUCGGCUGACUCGUGCCCAGUGGACGUGGCCCCUGCCCUGGAGGACUGCCUGUCCCAGGAGGUGCAGGAUUCCUUCUCCUUCCUAGAGGACUCAAGCAGCUCAGAACCUGAGUGGGUGGGGGUGGAGGACGGGGAGGUGGCCAAGGCAGGACCAGCAGGAGCAGCCUUCUCCCCUGGGGAGGAAGACCCUGGGAUGGGCUACCUGGAGGAGCUCCUGGGAGUUGGGCCUCAGGUGGAGGAGUUCUCUGUGGAGCCGCCCCUGGAUGACCUGUCCCUGGAUGAGGCACAGUUUGUCCUGGCUCCCAGCUGCUGUUCCCUGGACUCUCCUGGCCCCAGGCCUGAAACAGAGGAGGAAAGCGGGGAGGAAGUCUUCCUGAGUGCCUAUGAUGACCUAAGUCCCCUUCUGGAGCCCAAACUCCCAAGCUGGGAGGGUCCAGGCAGUGAAGAGGAAAAGGUGGCAGGGUCUGGAAGACAGGAGGCUUCAGGACAGGAUGAGGGCGAGCAAGCCUCGUGUGAAGGUGGAGAGGACCAGGGGGAGCCUGGAAGCAGAUGGGACACCGGCGAGGAGGCUGAGGGGAGGCCAGAGAGUGGCGUGGAGAGCAGAGAGGCCACUGAGGAAGGAGCAGAGGCUGAGGGGAGCCAGAAGGUGACUGACAGUUUGAAAGAAGGAUGUGGGGAAGAGACAGAGGAGACAGAGGCCACAGGAGAGGAGUCCAAAGGUCAGCAGGAGGGUGAGAGAACGGAGGAAGCUAAGGGUGUGGGACAAACUGGAGGAGAGCAGGCUGAAGACAAGGGGAAGGAAGGAAAGACGGAGAGACAGGAAGGUGCUGAGGAAGGAGACGAAGCCCAGGGAGCAGCUGGAAAGGACUCAGAGCAUGAGGCCGAGGAAAACCGAAUUGCUAAAGAGAGCUGGGAAGUUGUACACAAACAAGAGGCUGAAGGAGGCAGAGAAGAUGAGGUCAAAGGACAAAGGGGAGAUGAGGGUCAAGAGGCAGGAGAAGACCAAGGAGAUGGUGAAGAUAGCAGGAUCCCAGAAGCAGCAGCUGAAGGAGGAACGGGGGAGGUCAGCAAGGAACGGGAGUGUGGACACGGAGAAGCUGAGGGAGACCAGAGAGCUGGAGGUGAACGUGGAGAAGAGGGUUCCCUCCCUGAAGGGCCACAGGUCGAGGCCCUGGAGGUUGACAGUGCCAAAGAGGGCAACUCCCAGUCCUCUGAGACAGAACAGGCAGCCCCACAGCCACCUCGGCCAGAGGAGAUGGAUCCUGAGGGGCAGCCCAAUCCCCUUGGCUCAGCUGGUGGUGUGGGCAUGCGCCUGGCUUCCACCCUUGUUCAGGUCCAACAGGUCCGCUCUGUGCCCGUGGUGCCCCCCAAACCACAGUUUGCCAAGAUGCCCAGUGCAAUGUGUGGCAAGAUCCACGUGGCACCAGCGAACCCAUGCCCAAAGCCUGGCCGGCUCGAUGGGGACAGGGCCUGGGGCUCCCGAGCCUCCCGCUCCUCUUGGAGGAAUGGGGGUAGUCUUUCCUUUGAUGCUGCUGUGGCCCUGGCCCGGGACCGCCAGAGGACUGAAGCUCAGGCAGUUCGGCGGACCCAGACUUGUACUGGUGCUGGGGACUACAGCCUCAUCCCCAAAACCUCCCCCUAUGGCUUGAUCCCUGCCUACACGCCCCGGCCCCUUAGCUGCCUGGAGAUCCCAGCUGAGGGCACAGAUGGGUCUGGACCCCGGAGUCGGUUUAGCCUGCCCCCCAGAGAACCCCAACCUCCUGAACCCCUUAUGUCCCCUCAGCGACGAUCAUAUGCAUUCGAAACACAGGCUAACUCUGGGAAAGGUGAGGGACUGUAAUUAGGACAAGAGCACUGGGCAUAAGGGACAGUAGCUGCCUCCAGGGUCUUGGACUGUUUCAUCUGCAGCCUGGCAGCUGUAGUGCCCAACUCUAUAGGUUUUGGCCCUCCAGCUUCUCUUUUUGACUGUGGGAAGCACUGUCUUGGUCUGUUUACCUGAGCUUGUCUCAGACACAAAGCACUUAUCCCUUAGGAGAUUCCUGAGAAAGUCACCAAGAUCCUGUCCCCAGAGAGAGGGGUCACUUGCCAAAGGGAACAAAGAGUAGGUGGAAAACUUAACUGUUUCUCAAAGUGAAGAAUGAAGGGGGAACUUCAGCUGAGGUCCUGCCUUCCUCUGAGGCAAUGAACUCUUCAUGGAAGUCCAGAGUAGAAGCGGGGUCAGGGCCAGAUUGGAGCCUAUUACACACAAACACUUUUAGAGGUUACCUAUCCUUGUUCUACUCUUGGUCCCUUGGAUACCUCCCGCUUCUAUUAACUCCAGAUUAGGAGAAAAAUGUCCAGGAAACUCUUUGAAUACACAGUAUUUGUUGGUGCGACCAGUUCCCUUCCCAGCUCCCCAACCCUCUGCCUCCCUGGAUCUCUAGGAACCGAGGUCUUAUAUAGAUCUCUCUGGCCUCUUUCUCCUUUGGAAUAACUUCCUAUUUUAGGGAAGAGGGAUGGCAUCAC